UCCAAUAAAACAUUUUUUUUAUAAAAAAAUUAUAUUAAUGUCUCUUAUAAAUGAUUAUAUUUAAUAAAAAAACAUUCAUUUUUAAAAGUAAACAUAUUAUUCCAUUUAAUAAUGUAAGAAUUUGGAAAAUUUAACUAUUAAGGAAAAGGAAUUUCUUUAUUUCUAAAUACGCCGCAUCUUUCCAAUGAACAGACGGAAUUAUAAAAUUUUAAGGAAAAUUUUCUAAACAAACCCAAUUUUGUGUUGGGUUUCAAUUCAUCAAUUAUGAAUGCCACAAGCUUAUAUGUAACAACUUCCCGAUUAGUUUUUCAAAGUGAAUAUGGCAGUACAGAUCAAAACUGGACAGACCUUUACCGUCUUGUUCCAUAUUUAAGACAAUCACUAUCUUGUCUUGUGUGCGGAAAAUUAUUAACUGAACCUCAAAAGCCAAGUGAUGGCAAGUGCCAGCAUCAUGUUUGUAAAAAAUGCAUUAUCGGGAGAAAAAUUCUAAAGCCUAGUUGUGUACACUGUCGAGAUAACAAUGAUUUGGACAGUUAUGAGGAAAAUAUACAAAUGCGAAUAUUAUUGCAAUGCUACAAAUAUUUAUGCCAAUAUAUAAUGAGUACAGCUUUAUACAAAACUAAUAUUGUUAAUUCAGGUGGGGCAUUAAAUGGCACGGACGCUGCGAAAGCGACGUUACUGCAAUUUAUUGAAGAAGGAGCAAAUUUUCCAGAUAAUUUUAAAGCAAACUCUGGUUUAACUAAAAGUGCAUACUCAAUAUUACCAUGUGUUUUCAGUCCACCUUUGCCUUCCAAUUCUCCAGCACCAUUGUCGCCGCAGCCUUCUUCUAUUGUACAAUCUCCACCAAUUCCACUAUCCCAUUCUCCGCAGUUAUUGCAAGCUCAACCAUUAAGUAGUCCAACGUUGAUUAUUCAACAACAGACUUCCCAACCAGUUUUUCAGACAUCGUCACCACUUAUACAAAUUCAUCAACAAUGUGGAACAUAUCCUAAAAAAAUUUUACAAAAUCAAAUUCAAAAAAGCCAAACUGCCCAGCAGCAACCUUUGCAACACCAAACCCCACCACCACUUACAUUAGUUAGUAAUUCUGUUUGUUUAAGUCCAAGUAGUGCAAAUCCAAAUUUGAAAAUUACUAAAAGUAACACAGUUGCACAGCCGUCAAUUAAAACAUUUAAUAGCAUAAGCAACAUAGGAAAUACUAAAGCUGUGAAUAUAAAUCAAAAUCAAGUGCAGAAUAAUGUAAUUAGUUGGCCAAAAAAUGGAAUUCCUAUUAUUUCUUCACCAGUGAAUGUAAAUUCUAAUAUUUCUGCAACAUCAAAUGACCAAAAACCGUGCUCUGCGACGACAAUAUCACAAACAGUUCCAAUUAGAAAUCCACCUCCAAUAAAAACUGUUUCGAAUGGCUCUGCUAUGUAUUCGGUUUUGUACACUGGAAUAGGAAACAAGAUCACUAUCAAGAGGAAAACUGAUGGGGAAGAUGAAAUAAAAAAAAAUAAUAUUCAAUAUCCUCCACCACGUCCAUCAAUUAAUAAAACGGUUUCAAAAAGAAGAGGUUGUCGAUGUGGUAAUGCUACAGCUACGCCAGGAAAAUUGACUUGUUGUGGUCAAAGAUGUCCAUGUUAUGUGGAUUCAAAAUCAUGUAUAGACUGUAAGUGUCGCGGAUGUAGAAAUCCCCAUCGACCUGACGGUUGUAAAAUACGACCAGUUAUACCGGAACUAGCAUGCUAUGAAAUACAAAUUGCUGAUGAUAGUACAAAUUUAUCACCAAAUACUUCAAUGACAUCUAUAGCUACAUCAUCUUCAGCUACAACAACAGCUAAUUUCGCGCAACAAACUCAAUUACAGCAACCAUUUCAAAAAGCAUCUCCAGUUUCAUCUUCAAAAAUAAAUGCAACAAGUUUGAAAAAUUGUACAAUGGAAAUACCAUUGGAUGAUUUUAAUGCCUCUAACACCAGCAACUUGUUAGGUAACAUAGUUGUUGCAUCACCUCAUAUAACGAAUGCAUCAUCAACAACAUCAACAACGUUUACAUAUACAACACAGCCUACAUUUGUAGUUAAAAAACCACAAACGAUAACAAUAGGAACUAAUCAAGUAAAAAGGCAGCAAAUUCAACAGCAGCAGCAACAGUCUACACAAAUACAACCUCAAACUAUAAAAAUUGAAAACACCUCAACUGAAUCUCUUUUAAUAAAAUCUGCCGAUGGAAAAUAUCAAGUGGUGAAUGUUUUCACAUCAACUCCUUCCCAUCCAAAUUCAACAUCAAAUUUUGAUCGUUUUACAGCAGCAUUACCUAUACAAACAAGUAGUUUAGUGACAACAAAACAUCAUAUUCCAGAAAUAAGUACAACAUUGCCUCAAAUAAUAAUGCAACCUCAAUCUCAACAAAAUACAACACCAACAAUAUUGUCAGCAUCGUCUGCCUCAAAUUAUCAAACAAAUAACAUAAAUAAUUCAUCACUUCAUAAUCAUCAUCAACAACAAUUAAUUACUACAACGCAACAAGUUUCAUCACCUACAACAAUUACUUUAUCUCCAAUCAUUGUUACAUCGUCAGACCAGAGUUUUCCAACAGAAAUAUUCAGUGAAGAGGAAAUUACAUCAUCAUCUUCUCCAUUGCCUCAUCCUCCACCAUUACAUUUUUCUGGUAAUCAUCACCCACAUCUCGUGGAAGUGGUCCAUGCUGAUGAUCUUUAAGUUACCUCAUUUAUAUAUUAAUUCCUUAGCAAUGAAAAUAGCUUAAUUGAUUUUCAAAUUAACUGAAAUUAUUACAAGACAUUAGAAAAAGUUCUGUUCUGAAUUAUUUAAGAGAGAAAAAGUGACAGCUUUUUUCAUAUUUUUAUAUUUGAUUUCAUUUGUUUAUAAUAAGCAAAAAAAUAUCAUAUCACUAUUA